UAUGUCGGGACGGCUCUGAUUCCUUCUUUAUUACUUCUUUCUCGAGUGGAGGACAAAAAAAAACCAAACGACAGAGAAAGAGAGAGAGAGAUAGAGAUGGAGAAUCAUACGAACGACCCGACCAUGAAUGUUUCAUCUCUUAAUUGUAUCGAUCUAACCAACGAUGAUCUUCACAACUCAGUUCUGUCCCUUAAACAGGCAUGUUUGGAUAGUGGAUUUUUCUAUGUGAUCAAUCAUGGGAUAAACGAAGAGUUCAUGGAAGAUGUAUUUGAGCAGAGCAAGAAGUUUUUUGCUCUUCCUUUAGAUGAGAAGAUGAAGGUGUUGAGAAACGAGAAGCAUAGAGGCUAUACACCUGUUCUUGAUGAGAUUUUAGAUCCUGAGAAUCAAGUCAAUGGGGAUCAUAAAGAAGGUUAUUAUAUUGGAAUUGAAGUUCCUAAAGAUGAUCCUCAUUGGGAUAAACCAUUCUAUGGUCCUAACCCUUGGCCUGAUUCUGAUGUUUUACCCGGUUGGCGAGAAACGAUGGAGAAAUAUCAUCAAGAAGCAUUGAGGAUUUCUAAGGCUAUUGCAAGAUUAUUGGCGUUAGCACUCGACUUGGAAGUGGAUUACUUCGAUAAGACGGAGAUGCUUGGAAAGCCGAUUGCAACUAUGCGUUUGUUGCGUUAUCAAGGGGUUUCUGAUCCCUCGAAAGGAAUAUAUGCGUGUGGUGCACAUUCUGACUUUGGGAUGAUGACUUUGUUAGCCACAGAUGGUGUAAUGGGUCUCCAGAUAUGCAAAGAUAAGAACGCGACACCUCAGAAGUGGGAAUAUGUACCGCCGAUUAAAGGGGCUUUUAUUGUGAAUCUUGGUGACAUGCUCGAACGUUGGAGCAAUGGAUUUUUCAAAUCGACGUUACAUCGGGUUCUUGGGAACGGUCAGGAACGAUAUUCCAUCCCAUUCUUCGUGGAACCGAAUCAUGACUGUCUUGUGGAGUGUCUCCCAACUUGCAAGUCGGAAAGCAACCUCCCUAAAUAUCCACCGAUCAAAUGUUCGGCGUACCUCACCCAGCGUUACAAGGAAACACAUGCGGAGCUAAGCAUCUACCAUCAAAAAACAUGAAUAAUCGAUCAACAAUAAAAGUAAAAUUAGUAUAAGUUCGUUGUUACUCAAAGCAAAGUCCUCACAGAUAUCAAAAGGUAAGUGAAGUUUACUGUACACUAUAUCCCUUUCAUAGUUAUUGGCAGGGUUACACAUGCUUAUGUCUUGUUUCAAACUUUGUAUCUGUACGAAUUGGAGAAGAAUUUACAGUCUUUGUAACAUUUAGAAUCAAUACUAGCUAGACUUGUUGUCUCAUGGUUUUAUUACAAGAUGUUUUAACUAGACCAAACAAUGUAAAAACUAAUAAGUUUGGUCGCUUCUCGUGUGAUAAUCAUCAAAUUGAAA